CACAGCAUAGCUGUCGAUCUGCCAUAAAUGGCAAAUGCAAUAUCAUCAUGGGUUUGCGUUGUAUUAGGUUUGCGUUGAAGUUGUCAUUCGUCGCAGAGAGAAUACCUUGCCCUUCCGUCCUCAUCAAAACUCGUUGCAGCAACGAGGGAAGAAAGGAAGGGCCAAUAUAAUAGUUAGCCACCAUCCAUUUGGAGAGAUAAAAGAGAGAACAGAGGAAUGGAUCAUAUGGUGAACAAGAUGGGGACGUAUUGGUUCAAUAAGAAAGCCACCAAAGAGCUCUCCUCCGUUGGAGACGAGAUCAACAAAUUUUAGUUUGAUGCCAAGAUAGCAAGUGAGGCCUCUAAAAUAUGCAAUAUGUUAGCAUGCAAGGCACAGUGCUUGAAGCCUUCAAUCGAUGGUGCCUAUGAGGUCCAUAGCAGUUGCGAUCAUCAAUUUCUCUCGAUACUUUAUAUACAAAAAUAUUGCAUCAAUACUAAUUAUCGGUCUACAGUGCUUGAAGCCUU